AUCCAACAACAAGUCUUUCGGCCACCGCUCUUUUCACAAUUUUGAUUUUUCACUAAAAAUUUAAUUUUUAUUUCGUUUUUAACAAAGCAAAAAGGAUCAUUGUAUCCCAAUCCCCCCCCUUCCUUCCUUCCCGCUGUUUCCUCUCUUCUUUCCCUCCGACUAACCUAACCGAAGAUUCUCGCCGCGAAAUCGAAAUUUACUUCCUCCGACGACGGAGAUUCUCCACAGAUGGCGGCGACAUCUAAAUCCGGGGAAGAUCCGAGUCUCUCGUACAAGCACCGAUCUCCUUUCCGCUUCGAACUAAUCCACUCUCCCUCACCCACUGAUCCGCUUCACUCUUCCUCCACGAAUCGGCCGCUCUCAGUUCCUCAGCCGCAAAUUCAAGCUCACUGGGACGAGUCCUUCUCCCCAAUCCCAAUCACUCAGAAACUCAAAAGUAGAAAGAAUCAUUCCAUUUCGAGUUCAAGCAUGCCUGGAGAAACCAUUGAUAUAGCCAAAGUCAUUGUCAAGCAAGAAUCUCCUCAAGACAACACUAAACGUGGAACCAAGUCAAAGGUUACUAAACUGUCCAAAUCUGUUAAGCGAGAAGGGCUACAGCUUAGUGGCCCUAAUGGAAGUAAUAACUGUCGUUAUGAUAGUUCUCUAGGGUUGUUGACAAAGAAAUUCGUCAAUUUGAUCCGCGAAGCUGAGGAUGGAUCACUUGACCUUAACUAUUGUGCUGAUGUCUUGGAGGUACAAAAAAGAAGGAUAUAUGAUAUUACAAAUGUCCUUGAAGGAGUUGGAUUGAUUGAGAAAACUACAAAGAACCAUAUCCGCUGGAAGGGUGCUGACAAUCUUGGACAGUUGGAACUGGGAAAUCAAAUUUCUAGGCUUAAGGUUCAUAACCCACAUACGGCUUUAUUCUACAUUUUAGAAGUAGAAAGUAUGCAAUCUGAGGAAAACAGGUUGGAUGACCUUAUAAGGGAAAGACAAGAAGCUCUCAGAUCCUUGGAAGAAGAUGAACAUUGUAAAAGGUACAUGUUUAUGACGGAGGAAGAUAUAACCAGCCUCCCAUGCUUUCAGAACCAGACACUGCUGGCAAUUAAAGCUCCUACAGCUAGUUGCAUCGAAGUUCCAGAUCCUGAUGAGGUGAUGAGUUUUCCACAGAGACAAUACCGGAUGGUGAUUAGGAGUAGGAUGGGACCAAUUGAUGUCUACCUUCUAAGCAAACACAAAGGAGACAGUAGUAUGGAAACAGAUGAGUCUGCAGUGGAUACUUCUUCCUUGAAAAUAGUAACUUCAGAUACUGAUUUAAAAACAGAUUACUGGUUCGAGUCAGGUGAAGAAGUGACCCUCACAGAUUUAUGGAACAACUUUUGCUGAGAGUUAAGUUAUUGAAAACUUCAAGUUCCAAUUUCUGGAGGAGGACAUGUUACUUUUUCCUACGUUGUAUGAGCCAGAAUCCUUAUAGUUUUGCGGGGUUUUUUUCUUUUUCUCUUUUUAAAAUAAAAUAUGAAAUAUUCUAAUGUCAAGAUAUAUACUUGUCUGGACAAUCAUGUGAUAAAACUUGUAUAUUAUCAAAAAAAUACUAUCUAAUUAGUUUUGGCC